AUGGCCCCUCCAACACCCUCGUCGCAUCGCCCCCGCAAGAAGAGAAAGGGCGCGAUCUCUCCCGGCUCCAACAAUAACUUGAUCUUGGACCUAGGCGAUGGGAAACAGUCACCAGCGUUCCCCCUGGUCUCAUUUCUAUGGACUGCUCGGGCUGGUGUGUCUCAAUGGCUGAUUCUCCCCCUCGUUCUCAUGGUCGUUGGCCUGUUUCGAUGGGCUGUCAGCUUAUGGGGUUACUCUGGCUACCAGGUGCCCCCAAUGCAUGGAGAUUUCGAAGCGCAACGGCAUUGGAUGGAAAUUACCACACAUCUGCCUCUGGCGAAAUGGUACACCUACGAUCUGCAAUACUGGGGCCUCGAUUAUCCACCAUUGACCGCAUAUCAUAGCUGGCUACUUGGUAAGAUCGGUUCCGCCUUUGAUCCAGCAUGGUUCGCCCUAGAUGCAUCCCGGGGUCUCGAAGACCCCCGUUUGAAAGUUUAUAUGCGUGCUACUGUCAUUGCUUCUGAAUACUUUGUAUUCAUCCCGGCCGUCGUCACCUUCCUCCGCCGUUACACUCGCAUGCAGAGUGUUCACACAUGGUCCGCUUCGAUUGCUCUUGUAGCGAUCCUCCUUCAGCCAGGAAACAUUCUCAUCGACCAUGGCCACUUCCAGUAUAACACAGUCAUGCUUGGGUUGGUGGUUGCGAGCUUGGAUGCUAUCCUGGCAGGGCGUAUGCUCUGGGCUUGCAUCUUCUUCGUUGGUGCACUGGGAUUCAAACAGAUGGCGUUAUACUAUGCACCCGUGAUGUUCGCAUAUCUUCUCGGCGUCUGCACUUUCCCUCGCAUUAAUAUCCCCCGCCUUAUCAACAUCGCAUUGAUUACAUUGGCUUCUUUUGCUGUGCUGUUAGCCCCGUUCAUCGUUGGUUCAUUCAAUACCGAGGCUCGAGAGGCUUUCGCAUCUUCUCCUGUGCCGCCUCUAUUGCAGGCGCUUCCUAUCACGGCGGACAAGGACUCUACUCUAUAUGGGUUGGCGUUUCAAUUGACCCAGAUUAUCCACCGAGUGUUCCCCUUUGCGCGGGGGCUCUUCGAAGAUAAGGUUGCCAACGCCUGGUGCGCCAUUCACACUUUCUAUAAGCUCACUCGCUUCGAUGCUACGUUACUGCAGCGAGCAUCCCUCGGUGCCACAUUAGCGUCAAUCAUUGUUCCGUGUGCUAUCAUCUUCCGCCAUCCUCGCGCCUCGCUCCUUCUCCCCGCUUUAUCUUCCGUGUCUUGGGGAUUCUUCUUGUUCUCCUUCCAGGUGCAUGAGAAGAGUGUAUUGUUGCCUCUACUUCCCAUGACCCUGCUACUUGCUGGUAACGGUGGACUGAGCAAAGCGACACGCGCUUGGGUGGGCUGGGCCAAUGUGCUUGGCUCAUGGACCAUGUACCCCCUCCUCAAGCGCGAUGAGCUUCGGGUUCCUUACAUGGUGAUUACUUUGCUAUGGGGCUAUCUUCUCGGCCUGCCUCCUACCUCUUUCGAAACUUACCGAAGCCGGCCGUCCUCGGAAGACUCCAAUGCUCAUUUGGAGCCCAGCACACUGACCACCCUCCUACACUUUGGUUUCUAUCUGGUCAUGAUUGCAUGGCAUGUUCUCGAGGCAUAUGUGCCUCCGCCGGCGGGCAAGCCUGAUCUCUGGGUAGUUCUGAAUGCUUUGAUCGGGGCUGGUGGAUUUGGAAUUGCCUAUUUGUGGUGUACGUGGAAGUUGAUUACCCAAUGCCGCCGGAUCGAUCGGCUGAUGGCCGAGGAGGAAAGUCAGAAAAAGAAGCAGUAA